GGGAAAGUUAGGCAGAAGAAGGACAAGACAUCAGCACUGAAGAUGUGUCAACAGAUGAGAGGAAAUUAGGGGUGUGGCCAUUUUAAUGCAAUGAUUCAUAAUAGGCUCUCUCACUCAUGAUAUCCUAUUGACAUUUUGUACCACUUCUACUGUAUCUGCCAUUCUAACCCUUAUGUCAUGAGUGUUCUUUCAUUGAAAAUGUUGUCAGUAUUAACACAAUAACAACACUGCUACAUAAUUAGACAGCUGUCUGAUUGUGUUUUAUGUUGCAAAAGUAAUGGGUAAAAAUAAUGGAAGUAACAUACAAAAGAGAUGAAAACAGAGUUUACAAUCUCAAUAUGACACUGUAAUGGUCUGUUUAUCCAUGUGCAUUUUCUGUGGCUAUACAGUAUGUGUCUGACUGUCUCUCUGUACUGUAAAAUGGUGUUACUCUCAUUGACUUGUGAUGAUUUAAUGCUGAACACCUGAAAAACAAACCGACUAUGUGAUAUUUCUUCCUUCUGUCUGACAUUGUAAGUCUUGAAUUUUCUUUUCCUUUCCUUCUAAAAAGCAAAUUUCAACCUGCUAACCUAAGAGACUUACCACCUACACACUGUGUGUACAUUUGCGUGCUUGUAUAAUAUGUUGCUUUGUACUGUUUAUUUACUCCAUCACAGUAACCUGAGGAGCACUGACUCUCACAGUCUCUUCACAGUGUGAAUACAUUUCACUGUAUCUGAAACAACUUAUGUUUAUCAACUGUACAGCUAUCUGUAUAAUUAACUUAAUGUAACACCUGGAUUGGCAUAAGAAAACUGUAUUGCACACACAGUGAUGGUAGAUAGUGGUAGUCUAAGGGGACUGUCACAUCAGGAACUCAGCCAAUAUCCCAGUACACUUGAUCCCAAAGUCCUGUUUGCAGGCACAGUUCAUUCGACAAUUGUACCCAGUCACAAAGCAAUUGUACCUGAUAUGAAAACACGCUAAGCUGAACUAAAAUGUUGAAAACUAUCAUGGAUUUUUUCAAUGAAGAGCUUUGGAAUAAUUUUGCAGUUGGCCUUAAUUUUCUCUAACAGUAAUAACACUGCAUUUAGCAGACAGCUGUAAAAGCAGAAACAUCACUAAAACUGAGUCAGACUGGCCAAGAAACUCAAGCACGCAGGUUACUUAAAAUCUGUAAGACUGUUUGCCAGCUCCUGGCUCUGGCUCAGUGCCCACACUCUUUUUUUUUUUACUGAUGUUGCUGAGUUCCCAGUGUUUAGCAAUGAACUUUGCUGAGAACAAUAUUUUUAUGGCCGACUGGAAGAAUUGCUAUGAAAGUAAGAUGAAAAAAGUUAUGCUUUUAAAGCAGAAAUGUGUUUACGUAUCAUAUAUUGGGAAAAUGUUGUAUGAAGCCUCCAGAAGGAGCUGUGUGAGUGAUUGUUGAGGCUAACGACAGAAGAAAAGAAUCUGGGGAUGUGGAGUUAGAACUCUGCACCCUGCUCCUCAUCAUUGUUUGAGGCCAGUAGCUUGAGGAUAAAAUUUGAAGAAUGCUCAGAGGAGAUUCUAUUUCAUUCAACCCAACAAAGGUCACUGUGACAAUUUUGUUUGGUCAGGGUCAAACCUUGUUUGUCCAUAACAUAGCUUCUCCUGGUAACUGUACUAUGUCUGAUUACACUGUGCUACAAGUGUUCAAAUACAAUGUUCAUCGUAAUCAAAAUUAAAAAGAAUAAAACUCCAUCUUUUUUCCCAGAAUAUUUCACUUAUUUUCACUGUUGCCCAGAUUCAAACUCUCCUAUAAAAAGAAGUUUAAAAAUAAGAAAAGCUUCCACACAGUCCAGCACUUGCAACAAGCCUUUAUUUUGUAAACAAUGAUUUAAUACAAAUUAGAAUUACUGCCUUGUAAUUGUAUGCCUCUGCCAACCAGUCCAGUUGCAGUUAAUGCGUGAAUUCCUGAUGGUCAAAAGUGGUUAUUGUUUUGUGUGGUCACAAUGACCUUAAAUAACCAAAACCGAACCAGUUCAUCCUUGAGUCCAAAUGAACAUUUGUGUCAAAUUUGAAGAAAAUCCUCUGAGGUAUUUCCUGGGUAUUUCUACUGAAUUGUUAAUAGCAUCUUCCAAUCUCAUAGUAUUCAUAGAGGAACUGAUGGCCAUUUAAAUGCCACUAAUGUCAGUUUACAAACUUCCUACAUCCAGGUCAAGUGUUUAACAAAACAACCAUCACUCUAUUUUCUUCUGCUUGUGCAGGGUCAGGUUACAGUGGCGUCAGGCUAAGCAGGGAGUUCCAGAUGUCCCUUUCCCCAGCAACAUUUUCCUGGGGGAUAUGAGGCGUUCCCAGGCCAGAUUAGCAAAUAUAAUCCCUCCAGUGAGCUUUCUGUCUUCUCCGGGUCUGCUCCCAGUUGGAUGCACCGGAAAAACUUCAAAGAAGUAAUAAAACAGCACUGACCCUAAACGUGCAUUGUUGAGAAUGAACAUCUCUGAGAUUGAAGCAUUGAAAAAACAUGAAUUAUUUAGAAACAAACUAUCUAAAGACUGCAAACAGUGACACAGACUGUGUACAACACUAAAAAAACUUUUUUAAAAAAGAGGAAGGAAUAAAGAGGGAAGGAGGCGCAAUCAGGCAUGUCAACUGAUAUUUCCAAGGAUUUUAUAUGACAUCACUUCAGUAUUAGUUCACUGUCUCCUUUAAGAGAGCAAGUCAGAGACAGACAGCAGACAGUAGCAUAAGGGACUGAAAGAGUCUAACUUGGUAUCUUGACAUUUUAUAUUUGGACUUCCUCAAGAGAAACAAUGACUUCUCUGCCUACAAGCAUCCCUACUACCUUCAGCCCUGUGGCCACACAUGAAGACCAAAACAGCACAAAUGCCACUCAUUGUCUGAAAGAAACCAAGGAGUGGACCUACGCUGUGGUGCCAAUCUAUAUCCUGGUCAUCGCUGUUCUGGGAAUCAUCUUUAAUGUGUUUGUCCUGAUGGUAUUCUGUCUCCACAAGAAGGCAUGCACCGUGCCUGAGAUCUACUUGAGCAACUUGGCUGCUGCUGACCUUGUCCUGGUCUCCUGUUUGCCCUUCUGGGCUGUGAGUGCAGCCAGAAAAUUCAACUGGCCUUUUGGUGGUUCCCUGUGCAAACUGGUCAAUCUCUCCAUCACAAUGAAUGUCUACUGCAGCAUCUACUUCCUGGUUCUGGUCAGCAUAGAUCGUUACAUGGCACUGGUGCACCCGCUGUCUCAUGAAAGACUGCGUAGGCCAAAGUUUGCAAAACUGGGUUGUCUGCUGGUGUGGGCUUUGGGCUUGCUCCUGAGUGUCCCCACACUCAUCUACAGAGAAGUGAAAUAUUUCUCUGGCAUCAACGCCACAGUAUGCUAUCUUAAUUACCCAAGUCCCACUGUACAGCUGCUGACUGAGGGGAUGCUGACCAUGUUGAGUGUCAUCAUCCCCAUUUCUAUUAUUUCCUUCUGCACUUUCAAGAUUAUUCAAGCUCUGAAUAACCGGUUAAUGAAGAGCUCAAACAGUCAGAAAAAAGAGCAGAAAGCCACCACUCUGGUCCUGGCAGUCCUUGUGGCAUUCCUGAUCUGUUGGGUACCAUUUCACCUGGUGAAGAUAAUAGAGUGGCUUAUGAGAGCUAAAGUCUUGAGAGGGUGCAAACUUGGCACUGUCGUAGACAUCUGCAAACAGAUUUUUAUUUACCUAGCCUUCUUCAACAGUGUUCUCAACCCCAUCCUCUACGUUAUUGUAGGGAAAAACUUCAGGAGAAAAGUUAAGGAACUCUUCAAGCAGCGGAGCCUUAAGAGAAGGGCAACCCUCAGCCUCACCUCCACACGCACAUCUCUGUCGAGAAGUGUUAAAGCAGCAGAUUUCACAGGCCUGUCUGAAAGACUGUGAUCCUUUAAUAAGUUAGAUUAUUUUUUCAUAAGUUGCUCCAGGUGGACCAUGAUCCAGGGCUUUGGCUAAAAGGAGGUAGAAUGUUGGUUUCAGUGGCACUGGUGUAUACUGUCACAUUACAAAAAACCCUCCUUCACCCACUCACACACUGGUCUCACACUUUAAAAUUCACUUUUAUGUCAGUGUAUCUGACCUUUCACAAGAUGUUUCAUCUGGGCAGCACUUAAGGAAGAAAGUUAGACAGAGGGAGGACAAGACAUCAACACUGAAGCUGUGUCAAUAGACCAGAGGAGAUUAAGGGUGUGGUUUAAUGCAGUGGAUCAGAUUUUUCCCUCUCUCGUGACAUCCUGUUGACAUUUGUACCACUUCUGGAGAAACUUUACAGGAUAUGGGUCUCAAAUUACAAAUAACAUUCUAAUAAUUAUGCCUCAAUUUCUGUUUAACUGUAAAAGCUUUUGGUAUCAACACAAUAACAACACUGCAACAUAAUUAAACAGUACUGCCAGAAUGUGAUUUAUAUUGCAUAGGGCUCUGUGUGUCUGCCUGUUUCUCUGUACUGUUACAUGGUGUUAUUCUGACUUGUUACUACUGACUUGUGAUAGUUUAAUGCUGAACACCUGAAAAACAAACCUGCCAUAUUGUAUGUCUAUGUAAUAUUUUAUCCUUCUGUCUGACAUUGUAAUUCAUGCAUUUUCUUUUUCUUUGACUCUGAAAAGCUCAUUUUAACCUGCUAACAUGAGAGAAGUACUACUACUAUUACUACCUAUACACUGUGUGCACAUUUGCAUGUUUGUACAAUUUGUUGCUUUGUACAGUUUAUUUACCAUUCAAAGUUACAGUAACCUGAGGAGUCAGUGACUCUCACAGUCAUGCUUGUAUCUCUUUACAGUGUGAAAACACUUCAUUAUAUCUGAAACAAUUUACGUUUAUCAAUUGUAAAACUGUAUAAUUAACUUAAUGUAACACUUGGAGUGACAUAAAUAAAGUUAAAUCUUUUGUCAA